UGCUAAUGCUAGCUGGGCUACAGGCUGAGAGCGAUCAAAACAAACGAUGGCGGCCGAGCGACUGAGUCGGGAAACGGCUUGGAUUUAGCAUGGGGACGCUUCUGCUUUGGUGGUAGAGGUAGAGCUCAUCAUGUGGAGUUAGAGAAAACCCGUGCGUGUUCACCACUGGCUGACAUUAUGCGGUUUUGAGAGAGAAACGCUGAUCCUGCGAGCUGUGUGUGGGAUUGAUGUUGUACCUGUGCACCAGCGAUAUGCGUCGGCUAACGUACAGCUUUGCUAACUAGCUCGGUGGUCGCUAGCUGGCAACACACUUAUACGGCACGGGAGGAAUUUGACAUUGCCAAAGAUCAUUCUAGCCAGUUGAUGGUAACGUUGACAAGAAAUUAAAUGCGGGCGAAGUGACGUCGCGACGCCAAAAUCCCUGUUACGUCAGCGUAACCGUUUCUGAACUCGCUGGUUGCUAGCGAGCUAAACAUCAACAUGAGCUGGUUCAACGCUUCUCACCUGUCCAGCUUCGCCAAACAGGCGUUAACAACAGCUCAGAAGUCCAUCGACCGUGUUCUGGACAUUAAAGAAGAGGACCAAUGGGGUGACAUGACUGUGAUGCCCUAUGAUGAUGUUUCCUUGCCUGGAAAGCUGUCGUUAAGUGGAGGAUGGGGGAUGACGCAGUGGGAAACAUCCCCUGAAGAGAAGACCACCACUCCGCCUCCCUCCUCUGAGGCCAUCACCACGCCUGUCACCCGCACAGUUGUGGAUGAAUCAGAAAACUUUUUCAGUGCCUUUCUGUUAGCUGUAGAUGAACAAGAUGCCACCCAAACCCAGGUCGUGUCUGUCGCUCCUGCUAAGUCCCAAAGGCGCCCUCGGGUGAAGGGAAAGAAAAAGAAAGAGGCUGGGAUCCAGAAAGACUUCGAGAGUCAGAAGUCAACAUCCACUGAUGAGAGUGAUGAGGAUCAAACAGUUGCUGAAAGCCAGUCAUUUGAGUCAGAGUCUUCACCAGAAGCCCCUCAUGCAGACACCAUCCUCCUGCAGCCAGUUUCUCCUGUUUCUUCUUCCAGUGAUCUUCCUUGUAACCCUGACUGCAAAACGAGUGGUGUAAAAACAAAUAUUGGUUCAACAGUUUCUCUCGAUCCAAAAACAGAGCAGCCACAGCUGCCAUCAGAACACCAGGUUGAGCAGGAUACCAUUGAUUCCUCUGAACCUUCUGCUGUCACUUCCGAACUAAAGAGCUCUACACCCACUGAUUCUUCGCCCCCUCCAUCCGCUAAGGAGGUACUCAUGGAGCAUAAAGACUCAAAGGUUGAGGACCGUCAAAACGAUACCCCGUCCCCUCCUGUAAGUGCUUUUUCCUCAGGAACCUCUACCACCAGUGACAUUGAAGUGCUCGAUCACGAGAGUGUGUUGAGUGAGAGCUCAGCCAGCUCCAGACAAGAAACGGGUGAGGGUAAGGCUGCCCUUCACUUAAUGCAGGGCUCUUUCCAGCUUCUCACUGCCUCCACUUGUGGAGAUUUCCCCCGACUGGAGGACUACCCCAAACUCACAGAGAGCUGCGGUUCCUCCUCAGACGCAUUCGAACGCAUCGAUUCAUUCAGUAUGCAGUCACUGGAUAGCCGGAGUGUCAGCGAGGUCAACUCAGACGAUGACAUCCCCAGCAGUCGGACACUAGCGUCUGUCACUGCAGGCCCUGCUUCUUUAACAGUGGAAUCAGCUGUUUGUCAGAAGCAGGAAGAUGGAAUGGUGGACAAGGUAGGAGAUGAGGAAGACGAGGAGGGAUUCACUGAAACGGCGAGGGAGCAGUCGCUGGAUGAGAUGGAGGAGAGUGGACGGAGUGCAACGCCUGUGAAUUGUGAGCAUCCUGAAGAGUUAGUGGAGCAGGAUCGAGGAUCAGAGGCAACCGUCACACUGUCGGAGCUCUUCUCCAACGCUGAAAAACUGAUCAUUCCACCAAUCACAGAGGAGAUGAGAAGUGUCUCAACAGUUCAGAUAUUGGAGUUUCAAAAGGUCAUUGAUGAGCUGUCAGGCCGCCUUGAGAAGAGAGAGUCUCAGCUGCUGGCAGUCAGCAAAGACAAGGCCAGGCUGGAGGAGGACUGUGACAAUCUCAAAGAUGAAGUGAUAAGCCUCAAGGAGGAAAGCUCCACUGUGCAGUCUCUAAAGGAUGAGUUCACCCAGCGCAUCGCAGAUGCUGAGAGGAAGGCUCAGCUGGCCUGCAAAGAGAGAGAUAUAGCCAAGAAGGAGAUAAAGGGCUUGCGAGAAGAGCUUUCUACGAGGCUGAACUCCAGCGACACAAUGGAGAUUAUCAGGGAGAAGGAGGAGCAGAUCAGAGGUCUGCUGGAAGAGGGUGAGAAGUUAUCCAAGCAGCAGCUGCAGCACAGUAACAUCAUCAAGAAGCUGCGUGUCAAGGAGAAGGAGAGCGACACAAAGACCAUCAAGCACCAGAGGAAAAUCAGGGAGCAGGAGGAAGAGCUCAGGCAGCUCCAGCAGGUUCUAGAAGGGAAGGAGGAGCUGGAGAAACAGCACAGGGAAAACAUCAAGAAGCUGAAUUCUGUGGUGGAGCGGCAGGAGAGGGAGCUGAGCAGGCUGCAGUCAGACUCUGAUGAGCUGCAGGAAAAAACCCGAAGCGUACAGGCUGCUCUGGACAACUCUUAUAAGGAGCUUGCAGAACUCCACAAGACGAAUGCCAGCAGAGCCAGCAAGGCUGAAGUAGCAGCCCUGAGCAGGGACACGCAGGCGAAGGAGCAGCUGAGUCUGGUUCUUGAGAAAGCCCAGGAUGAGGCCAGGAUGCAACAGGAGGCCCUGGCCAACCAGGUGGCUGACCUGAGGAUGGCUUUGCAAAGGGCCGAGCAGCAGCAGGCAAGGAAAGAAGAUUAUUUGAGGGAGGAGAUCAGUGAGCUUCAACAGAGGCUCCAGGAGGCAGAGACUAGGAACCAGGAGCUCAGUCAGAGUGUUACCUCGGCAACACGGCCCCUUCUACGACAGAUUGAGAACCUACAGGCCUCAUUGGGCGGACAAACAGCAUCUUGGGAAAAACUGGAGAAUAACAUUUCUGAUAGACUAGCCAAUGCUCAGGCACAGCUGGCUGUUGCCGUGGAGAAGGAGCGUUCCGCAACGGAGGAACUGUUGUCCAUCAAGUCCCAGCUGGCCUCUCUGGAUUCCCAGAAUUCUUUGCUGCGCCAGGAGAAAGCCCGCUUCCUGGCACAACUUGAUGCUGAGAAGAACAAGAGAGAGAAACUGGAGGAUGACAGCAGCAGGGAGCAUGUUGAAUUGGAAAAUCUGCGAGGAGAACACAGUCGGAUGCUGGAAGAGACCAAGAAGGAAAAGCUGCUGCUGGCCAAUCAGCUAGAAAUGGAGAAGAUGAAGGUGGAGCAAGAGAAGAAGAAAUGCUACUUGGCUCAAGAGUCACUCAAGGAAAAGGAGCGGAAGGCUUUGACCCACUCUGUCGGAGAGCCCCCUGCAUCCUCCACACCCUCCCUGUCCCGCUCCAGCUCCAUCAGUGCGGCGGACAAUGCUGGUCUGCACACGUCUCUUCUUUCCCAGGAUGACCCUUCAGACUACUCAUUAAGCACCAUGGCCAUGUCUGUGUCCAUGAGCGGAACCAACCUGUAUGAGGCCGCCAGGCUGUCGGGAGGCUCCAGCAUCAUGGAGAACCUCCAGUCUCAGCUCAAACUGAGAGAAGGAGAGAUCGCUCAGCUACAGCUUGAAAUCUCUAGUCUGGAGAGGAGUCGCUCCGUGAUGUCAGAAGAGCUGGUUCGACUCACCAAUCUCAACGACGAGAUGGAUGAGAAGGUGAUGGAGAUCCCCAAGUUGAAGGUUCAGCUCAAGGAACUGGAGCAGAGGCACAACACUAUCCUGCAGAUGUACGGAGAAAAGGCUGAAGAGGCCGAGGAGCUGAGACUGGACCUUGAAGAUGUGAAGAACAUGUACAAGAUCCAGAUUGAUGAACUGCUGAAGAACCAGAAAUAAACUGUUUUUACCGUACUGGGACUUUAACUUUAAUCUUUGUUAAAAGAAAAUUAAACUUUAUCUCUUAUUUUAUUUUAAUUAAUGAUCAUAUUUAAGUGGGGUGUUGGGAUUGUUCAUAACAUACAUUGCAUUAUUACAGAAUCAGUAUGAAGGAUAGCUCGAGUUUAUGAUUCAGGUGUCCAUUUGAAAUCUGAGGGAGCUAAAACCAACUUUGCUUUAGACAUAAAGAUCUCGAUUGAACCUUUGACAUGGUAUUGUAUAGACACUUUAUAGCUGUAGGAGAUGGCAAUGUUAUAUUUGCACUACACAAAACCAUCCUUGUUUAUUUCUCGAGGGAUAAUCCGAAAGGUUUAAGAAGUGUAUUAAGAUUUGUACAGAGAAACAUGUUUUUAUUCUGAACUCCUUACAAAUCACAAAUGUGGUUUAGACCUGAGAGUAGUCUGUGACCGAAAUCCUGGAAAGUGGAUUUUAAAUUAUAUAAAUAUGUAAAUGAAUAAACAUUUAUUUGGGCUGUGAAA